GUACGGAUUGCGUUUACGGUUUAAUUCUUUUGCAAGCAGAUACGUUUCCGGCUUUUAUGUGUUUAAGUUUCGUAAUUUGUGUGUUCUACUCCAAGGAUUUCUGAAGCGUAGCCUUAUCCCGCCACCAGGUUUCAUCUCGAUUACAUCCGCCUUGGGUAAAAGUCGUUGAAGAUUAGAACAUUUUGCUCUCAUCUGCACCAUCAGUAUGGCAGAAAAAUCAGAAACACUCGUCACGAAGGAGGAAAAGAUCAAUGAAGCAAAGGAACUGUUUGGUCGUGGUAGCAGAAACUAUUGCAUGAAGCAGUAUGCGGACGCGGCCGACGAUCUGAGCGCCUGCUGCUCCAUUUAUUCCGAGUUGUACGGUCCUAACGCGGUAGAGUGUGGCCUCCCGUACCUGAUGUAUGCCAAAUCUCUGAUUGCCAUCGGGAAAGAUGAGAAUAAUUUGAUCGUCCCGGGCGAUGAUGAGGAAGAAGCCGAUGAUGAUGAUGAUGAUGAUGAGGAAAACGGUGAAGAGGAAGGAGCUGAUGGUGAUGAAAAAGAAGAGCAUGAGGAAAAACAAGACGAAGAUGAAGAGAUGGAUACAAAGGAAUCUUCCACCGAUGCUAAAGACUCUACUGUCGCAGAAAAGGAAAACGGCAUUGAGGAGAAAAAAGAAGAAAGUGAUCCUAGCAAAGUAGAAGUAGCUACUGAAGCCGCCGCAGGAUCCAGUUCGUCCGAUGCAAAGGCUGUGGCGACGAACGGUGAACCAACGCCUGGUCCUUCCACUUCGAACGGGGAUACUAGUGUGCAGGAGGAAACACCCGAUAAUUUACAAGUUGCGUGGGAAAUUUUGGAACUAGCCGUACACAUUUUCCAAGAACAGGGAGAAAAAGGAUAUGAAAAUCUACCCGAAUGUUAUGUGGAAUUGGCAGGAAUUUCCUUUGAAAACAGUUUCUUCAAGGAUGCUAUAAACGAUUACGGUAAAGCGCUGGAAAUUUACAAGAAGACAAACCAAUCCGAUCAACGCCUGCUGGCCGAGGUGAACUAUAAAGUUGGUUUGUGUCAUAUGAUGGAGAGAGAGUUCGAGGAAUCGAUCAUAUCGUUCAAAGGAGCAAUCACCGAGUUGGAUAAGGUGGUAGAGACAGAAAAGGCAAAAGAACAGACUGACGACACAAAAGAGAUCAUUGAAGAUAUUGAGCAGUUGAAAAAGGAGAUCUUAGACAAGAUUACCGACGUCGAAGAGGCAAUGAAAACGCCCAUCGAGGAUGUGAAGCGUGAGCUUUCAAAGAUCAUCGUGUCGGGUGGUGGGGAAUCCAGUAGCAAAGAUCUGAACAAUGGAGCUAGUUCUUCGUCCAGUGGUGCUACUAACGGAUCAGCCGCGAAAUCUUCGUCUGCGGCGACUAAGCCGGCGAAUGAUAUUUCUCAUCUAAUUAAAAGAAAAAAGCCAGACAGCGCAACCACCGAGGUGGAAGGAUCACCUGCCAAGAAAACUGCUUCUGAAUAGGCUCGCGAUGGUUUUUAAGCCGUCGUACUUACUGCAUCCUGCAACAACUGUUUUAUUUUACUUUCAAUUCCGCGAUAUUCACCGAAAGGAGAUAAGAGAUUAUAUUCUGCGUUUGGAAGAAAAAAAAAUGCACUCGUUUUAAAUUAUUGGUUUCCUCUACACUGUGUACUACUCUAAGCUGUUCUGUAUUAUCACGACUAGUUAAUGUUUUCUGGCAUUCCUUGCUGCCUGUACGCGCCGUUUUUUAUGAUAGAAUAGUUACGAACGCGUAUUGGCCAAUCAUUGAUCGAUAUCGAUUUGAAUGAACGAGAGAAACAAAUUGUAAAGCAUAAUUUAAUUGGUUAAUAAUUUUGA